AUGGCCGAUUACACAUCCUGGGUCGCAAGCGAAAUCGCCUUCCUCGAGGUAGUCAAACGUACCGAAGACACGGACACCAAAUGGGCAGUCGUCACUCGAGCAAUGAUUGCCGAACAACCCAAACAUCUACGCGGCGGUGAACUCUUUGAGCAAGAUCCCUGGCCACAGCGGGUAUACACUCCUCAGAGAGUCUUUAUCCGAUGGACGCCCAUUCAAGAAGUUCAAGAAGAGGCGAUUCCAGAGGCGUUGGGGCAAAAUGAAUUCGCUCUGCGGGAGUUGGCAGAAGCCGAAGCCGAAGCAGAAGCCGCUGAGAAAGCGGGAGCGGUACGGAAGAGUGCGCUGGAGCAUGAUCAGUUGAUGAGGGAGUUGGAAAGUUUGGAGGACGAAUUGCAUCUCUUGGAAUCUUUGCAAACUCUGUGUGAAUCGGAAGCCACGCAAUUCACCGCCCAAUUUUUGCAUGGGGUUGAGGAGGAGUUCGAGAGGUUGGAGAUGAUGAGAGCUAUUUGUGAGGCGGAGCUUAGAGGUAAGGAUGAUGAUGAUGAUGAUGAUGAUCAGUGA